UUUUAGUUUUCACAUUUUUCCUUGCCUCAGUUUUUGUCGUAGCUCAGCUGGAAUUAAAUAAAAUGCAUUAUCGAAUGUAAAUAAAUAAUUUAAUCUAAACAAAUACAAUAAGCAAGUUAUGACGAGAUAAUAUAAAGUGAAAUAAUGGGUACGGAAAUUGUUACUCACCUCUGCAUGACUAAAUAUUUAUAGCCUCAACAUCUUGCGGGGGGGCUCGAACCAUUCUAAAUCAAUGAACAUACGAUAGCUUAUUUGCAAUAAAUGUGCUAUUUGUCCCGUGUGGAAUGCUCCCUGCGAAGCCCCGAAAACUGAAAGGACGUUUGGCAAUUUUUAAAUUAUGCAUAUAUAUAUAUGUACUACGCAUGUAGUUAUGUGAAUUACAUUUCUUAUAACCCGAUUACUGGGGAAAUGACUGUAGCUCAAAUUGUAAUUAAACGAAAAACGGGUUGCAAAAAAAUUACCUACUAACGUUUUACUAAAGUAAGAUAUAUAAAGAAAAAUAAACAUACUGAAAUAACGGAACAUACAUUCCAAAAAUUCUAAAGACAACUGUCUUACUAGAUAAAACGAAGGAAAUACUAGUUAAACAGAUUAUCUAUAAAUUCUGUGCUUCGAUGAUAAAUAAAAAUAAUAUUUGUAAGCGCUUACUGUUUAUCUAUAUUAAAAGAGGGAUCAUUGAAAUACAGGCAUGUGAGAUUCCUUAUUGUAUGUAACAUCCUCAUGGCAGUGCUCUAAAAACUUUAGAUCAGUAUUCGUAUCUCCAUUUUAAUUUCUGCUCUGGAGCGUUUGAAGGAAAUUGGGCGAAGAAAAUCGAACAUUCAACGUAAAUCGCACAAACUGACGGCAAUGAGAACAAAACACUUUAUUUUAAUACUUUGCUGCAUUAUAAUUACAACAAUAUUUUUCAUAAUUUUGGGACCGGCUGGUGAACCCAACGAUUCUUUGAAAAGUAUUGUUACGCAUACACAUCAGCAGCUAAACAAAUUGCAGGAAAAUCUGCGUGUUGCUGAGAAAAAAAAGCUUCAAAUAGACCCGAAAUAUUUGGCUUUGCUUGGAUUCACCGAUACGAUUUACACGAAACAGGCUCAAGAAUUUAAUCAUUAUGAAAUUGAAAACCGACCAAAGUCGGAGGGAAAAAUUGAAACUAUAGAAGUAUCCCAUCUUCCGCUGCCAAAUCGGGGUUCACAGGAUUUAAAGGAUGUUGGCGAUAGUCCUUACAGCCCGAACUCAUUUCGGCACAAUAGCAGAUCGCACAUAGCAACACCGCCAUACAAUGGUACAAAGGUUAAUUUCACCAUUGUCACAUACGUACAGGAUGGUCAAGCGCCAUCGGCAAUCUUACUUGCUCAAAACAUCGCUAUGAAAUUACCGGAUGACCAUCUGCUCAUUUAUGACCUUGGAUUAUCAGAAGAUGAUUGCCGAGCUCUAAUUACUUACUGUAACAUCUCUAAAUGUUCAGUUAUAAGUUAUGACUUGUCGCUCUUCCCCUCACAUGUAUCAGAGCAGCGUAUGCACGCUUAUCGCCCGAUUGUUAUAAAAGACGCUUUGACCCGAUCCCACAACAUUCUAUUCGCAGAAAAUUAUAUUCGAUUUCGUGGUGGUAGCCAUGACUCACAAAAAUUACGAAGUAGAGUUAUGACCUCAGGUGUCCUGGGUUGGAAUACUCCCACUGCGGUAUCGACACUCACACAUCCCAAAAUGUUUGAUUACUUUCAAACUGAUGCUGAUGAUUUUAUUUUCCUGCGGAUGAUUGACCUCGACAUAGCUUUAUUUUCUGGCAGUCCCUUCUUAGAAAAAAAUAUUAUGCUGCCAUGGUUAAAGUGUGUUCUGACAUUGGAAUGUAUUGAUCCCAUAGGUGCACAAUGGAAUGGCUGUAAAUACAACAAAAAACCACUGUAUCGGUAUUCAGGAUGCCACGCCUAUGACGUAUCGGCAUUCAAUAUAGUGUUGGGUCUGACAUGGCAUUUAGAUGCUUCGAAGUACUCGAUGCCGAUGGAAGGAAACAAUAUUUUUUACAAAGAAACACUAGAGAAAUCUACUAGAAUAUUGGAAAACAGACGACUGAACAACAGUGAAACUUCGGAGCAUCCCUUCACCGAGGAUUAGUUACGUUAAUAUAUAUCGAACAAUUAGAAAACGAAAAAAAUUGUUAAGUACCAAAGUAGAAGAUCGACAUUUCGUUUAAAUAUGGGAAGAUAUCUACCUAAACGAGAUUUAAUAAAUUCUUUAAAAAUGUACAGUGGUGGCAAAGUAAUGGGGACGCGACAUUUUAACAGAUUUUGCCUAUUUUUCUUUUGUUUAUUUAGAAUUUAUAUUUUUUUCUAAAAGUAUAA